CGCUCACACACACACUGCCUCCCACACACACACACACACGCACACUGUGCUGAGAGCUAGCAAGGGGCUUUAAACAAGCUUCACACAAAACCGAGACAAAGGGACUGUAACCUGCCACAAUGGAAGAAAACAUGGAUGAAUCGCAAAGCCAGAAAGGCUGUAAGGAGUGCUGCGAGCGAUGUGUGGGCAGUCUGCCCUGGGCAUCACUCAUCGCCACCAUCCUCCUCUACAUGGGCGUGGCCUUGUUCUGUGGGUGUGGCCACGAGGCUUUGAGCGGCACCGUCACCAUCCUCCAGAACUACUUUGAAGUCAUCAAAGCCCCGGGAGAUGCACUGGAUGUGUUCACCAUUAUUGACAUCCUGAAGUACAUCAUUUAUGGCCUUGCAGCUGGAUUCUUUGUGUUUGGAGUGCUGCUGUUGGUGGAGGGCUUUUUCACCACCGGAGCCAUCCGCGAUCUCUAUGGAGAGUUCAAGAUCACUGCCUGUGGACGCUGCCUUACUGCAUUCCUGAUGUUCCUGGCCUACCUGUUCUUCCUGGUGUGGCUCGGGGUGACAGCAUUCACUAGCCUGCCGGUCUUCAUGUACUUCAACGUUUGGUCCAUGUGUCAGAACACCAGCUGGGUGAAAGGAACCAAUCUCUGCCUGGACCUGCGUCAGUUUGGAGCGGUGAGCAUCUAUGAGGACAGGAAGUUAUGCACGGAAUCCGAGAAGUUCAUCAAGAUGUGCGAAUCCAACGAGCUGGACUUGACCUUCCAUCUGUUUGUGUGCGCACUAGCAGGAGCAGGAGCUGCUGUCAUCGCCAUGGUGCAUUUCCUGAUGGCUCUGGCUGCUAACUGGGGCUACCUGAAGGACGCCAGCCGGAUGCAGAAGUACGAGGACAUCAAGUCAAAGGAGGAGCAGGAGCUGCACGACAUCCACUCUACACGCUCCAAAGAACGCCUCAAUGCCUACACAUAAACACGCAGCCACGAGAAACGACACACACACUUACCUGUCAGACACACGCAACAUGACACACACACACACACACACACACACACACACACACACACACACACACACACACACACACACACACACACA